AUGGAAAGUCAGAGGCAGGGAGCUUAGAGAACAUUUGGUCCAUGUGCACUCCAACCACCCCGUUAUAUGGCUAGAGACGUUGAAGUCCGGAGAGUGGGGAGGGCAGAACCACAGAGCCAAGGACAUAGCCAGGUGUUACUGGAUGCCCCCAUCCAGUUGUCUAAGAUGACCGAAAGUUAUGGUUAUGGCGAUAAGGUUCCAGGACUGAUAAAGAGGGACCAGUCUUCGACGGUGAACGCUAAGAAGCUGGAGAAGGCAGAAGCUCGGCUCAAGGCCAAGCAGGAGAAGCGCACCGAGAAGGACACGCUCAGGACAGCUGGUCCUCCAGUUUUGGAGGAGGCUUCGGCCAGCCAGGCAGGGAGCAAGAAGGAGAGCCGGCUGGCGUCGUCGGGCAAGAACAAGUCCUAUGACGUGCGGAUCGAGAACUUUGAUGUCUCUUUUGGCGAGCGGGUUCUGUUGACGGGCGCAGAUGUGAACCUAGCAUGGGGCCGUCGCUAUGGACUAGUUGGACGGAACGGGCUGGGCAAGACGACGUUGCUGAAGAUGCUGGCGACGCGGAGUCUUCGGAUCCCGGCUCACAUCUCCCUCCUACACGUGGAGCAGGAGGUGGCGGGGGACGACACCGUGGCCCUGCAGAGCGUGCUGGAGAGUGACGCCUUCCGAGAAGGGCUGCUGCAGCAAGAGCGCAAGCUCAGCGCCCAGAUCGCGGCAGGCCGAGCGGAGGGCCCAGAGGCUGCACAGCUUGCUGAGAUCUAUGCCAAGCUCGAAGAGAUCGAGGCCGACAAAGCCCCUGCCAGGGCAUCCGUUAUCCUCGCCGGACUUGGUUUCAAUGUAAAGAUGCAACAGCAGCCCACGAGGGAGUUCUCUGGUGGCUGGAGGAUGCGGCUGGCCCUUGCUAGGGCCCUCUUUGCCCGACCAGAUCUGCUGCUGUUGGAUGAGCCUACCAACAUGCUGGACGUACGGGCUAUCUUGUGGCUGGAGAAUUACCUGCAGACUUGGCCCUCAACGAUCUUGGUUGUUUCCCACGACCGAAACUUCUUGAACGCGGUGGCCACAGAUAUCAUCCACCUGCAUAGCCAGCGGCUGGACAGCUACCGUGGGGACUUUGAGACCUUCGUCAAGAGCAAGCAGGAGCGGCUGAAGAGCCAACAGCGCGAAUACGAAGCCCAGCAGCAGUACCGCCAGCACAUCCAGGUGUUUAUUGACCGCUUUCGCUAUAAUGCCAACAGAGCGUCCCAGGUGCAGAGUAAACUCAAAUUGCUAGAGAAACUGCCAGAACUGAAGCCUGUGGACAAGGAGGUAGAGGUGGUGAUAAAGUUUCCUGAUGGGUUUGAAAAGUUCUCACCCCCGGUUCUGCAGCUUGAUGAAGUGGACUUCCACUACGACGCUCAGCACCCUAUUUUCAGUCGUCUUUCUGUCUCAGCAGACCUCGAGUCUCGGAUCUGUGUGGUGGGGGAGAAUGGAGCAGGGAAGUCGACCAUGCUGAAGCUGUUGAUGGGAGACCUGGCACCCGUGCAGGGGAUCAGACAUGCCCACAGAAACCUGAAGAUCGGUUACUUCAGCCAGCACCACGUGGAGCAGCUUGACCUGAAUGUCAGCGCUGUGGAGCUACUGGCUCGAAAGUUCCCUGGGCGGCCCGAGGAGGAGUAUCGCCACCAGUUGGGACGCUAUGGCAUCUCUGGGGAGCUGGCUGUCCGCCCUGUUGCUAGCCUGUCUGGAGGGCAGAAAAGCCGAGUGGCCUUUGCCCAGAUGACCAUGCCCUGCCCUAACUUCUACAUCCUGGAUGAACCAACCAACCAUCUGGACAUGGAAACGAUCGAAGCCUUAGGCCGGGCCCUCAACAGUUUCAGGGGGGGGGUGAUCCUUGUAUCCCACAAUGAGCGCUUCAUCCGCCUGGUCUGCCGGGAGCUGUGGGUGUGUGAAGGCGGUGGUGUCACCCGGAUCGAAGGGGGCUUUGACCAGUAUCGGGACCUUCUCCAGGAGCAGUUCCGGCGGGAGGGUUUCCUCUAGGACCUUCUGCUGGAAGGCCUGAUCUGGGGCACAGACUGGCACCUGCAGGCUCCCCCAGCAGCAGACUUGCUUCUUAGGCCUGGGCCAUGGACUUCCCUCAAACAUGGGGACAGCCUUAUUCCAACUUCUCUUCUCUACCCCUUGCCCUAGCCAAAGCUCCCUUCUCCAUCCUAGGGGGCUCUGUGGAAGGGGCUCUGAGGAUUGUUCUCCAUGGGGUGGAGAAGACUCCUGGGGCUACAGCCCCCUCCCCUUUUCUCUGCCUAGGUCCAGUGUGGCCGACAUGUAAAUUAAACCUGCCCCCCGUCUGUCCCCCCAGACUUGUGUCUGCCCCCUAAGGUGGACUCCUAUGUUUCUUGCCUUGAAAGGGAGCUGGGGCCCUGUGUAAUGUCUGCUCUUAGGCUCUGGAUUUUCCCAAUGCCUUUGGCACAGAUUAAGGCAACAGCAGUUGAUGGAUCCCAGCCCGUGCAGAGAUUUCUGGAAGCAGAGUCACCGUAGGAGACUGUGGCCUCAGUGAACCCGGGCCUGGCAGCCACCUGGGCCUUGGCUGAGCUAGGAGGCAUGGGCGAGUCCUCCCAUUUUGGCCAGGACCUUCAGCUAGUGCUCUCCACUUACCCCUCUAGGUUCGCUGUCCAUCCAUUCACCCGCUCCCAUUCCACCUGCAUACUUUGAAGACCAGGGCCUCAGUUGCGGCCUCCCUGCGCUCUCAUUGGAUGGCCGGUUCUACCUCUACACCUGCCUUCGCCUAAGGGGAGGUGGACUGCUUGGGCCACCUUCAGCUUGAGUUGACAAUCAGCCCUGGUCCUGUGGAGGCUUAGAAAGCAGAGGAGGCACCUUGGGAACGCCCUGAGCUGCAGCUGGGAGAGGGAGGGAAGGGAAGGGAGUGGUGGCUUUAGGAAGCUCAGAGUCGAUGGAGGCGUCUGACCCAGUGUUUCUGCAGCCUGGGAGCUCUGGCCUAUGCAGCCCGUGUCCAGGCGGGAGCCAGAGCCAAGCCAGACCUCCUUUUGGCCCUGUCUCCCUCGAGAGGAAGUGGAAUCCUUUGUAGAAUUUGGCUUCCAUGAGCCCCUUGUUGCCCCUUUACCUGCUCCCCAAGCCCUUCCUGAACCUGCCACAUGAUUGGGUGACCUUUGGGCCUCCCCUCCCCUUGUGGCUUCAGAGCAGUUUGAACUCCUGGGCUCUGAUGGGGACCUGAUGCACACUGGGCAUGUGCCUUUUGUCAAGGAGCUCCGUGGAGGGUGUCCUGCUAGUGGUUAAUUAUGGUCCACAAACCUGGUGACUGGCAUGGCCACUUUAAUAAUUGGGCCUCGUUUUCAUUCAACAAACCUGCCCUGCAUGAGAUCAGGUCAGACAGAUGCCUGCCUGCCUUGGAUGCCAUGGAUUGUGCGGCUCAAGUACAAGCAAUGCUGAGCACUUUAUGUGAGCUCUGGGCAAAUGAAAAGCCAACAAUGUAGCAGUCACUACAGGAGGAAUUUCUGUUGGAGACAGUACAUGUAGAAGGGUGUGCAAUAGAUACAAAGUAAUUUGGGGAGGAUGCUCAGGUGGGGAGAAAUUGGGACAGGCUUCCUACAGGGGGUGGGGGUUUGAGUGGCACAGCCAAGUAAGGCAGAGAUGAGGGAGGGUAUGGCAGCUAUGGGGAUGGCCUGUGGAGGAUAAAGGUGUGGAGUGGUGUUUGUGAGAAGCAGCCAGGCCAGGCUGGCUGGAUCAGAGGGCAGGAAGGGAGCCAUUUAUUUAACAUCCUUGAAGACCAGUUGUGAAGGGCUUUGAAAGCCUAGCAGAAUUGAAGCUUGGUCCUAAGUACAGUGGAAUCGGAGCUUAUGUAACUGUAGUGGAAUCGCAGCAGUCGGCUCCUUGUUUCAAGGUAGGUGAAUCUGGUCAUGCUGCUUAGUUUGAAUUGGAGGUAGGGAGAACAUCUAGUUUCCUUCAGGGAUGUCUGAGGUGUGAAAGAUCCAGAAUCAUUACUGGCCUGUUCUUGUUUUAAUUCACCAAAACUGACCUCUGUUCUGAAGUUUCCUCAGAUCAGCUUUUGUGGCCUGGGGAUUCCUACGACCCUGCCAGGGAAUUGGCGCAGUCAAAACUUUCCAUACUUGUAGGACAUUUUGCUGUCUAAUUUGGUAAACCUCGAUAUACCACCCGACUAAAAGCUUUGGGGGAUCCUCGCUUUUUAAGAGGGUCCUGAAACCAAACAAGGCUGAGAACCUCUGCCUCAAAGCAUUGAGAUUUCUCCUCUACCUUGGUCACAUUCUACCUUUUGUUAUAAACGUGAACUCCCAGGGGCAGCACUUUGGAAGGCAGAAGUCCUUGCUUUUUGUAUUGGCACCCGAGUGACUUGAUAAUUGAAUAGCAGUAUGAAGGGUAAAGGAAAGACUUUGAAGGGGGAGAUGAGAACGAUAGUUAACAUUUCUAUAGCGCUUACUGUGCGCCAGGCAGUAGCUGGGUGCAUGAUCUCAUUUGUGCCUCAUGUCAGACUCCCACUUGGGAAACAGAGAAGCAGAUUUAAAAGAAAGAUAAAUUCAUUUUGGCCAUGUUGAGCUUUGUGCUUAAAUACUAAGGACAGUGUUCUUUAUGCUGCAAAGGAUAAGAGCAAAAAUGACCAACAGAAAACAAAUCCAAGAUGGGGAAAGUGAGAUAUUAAGGGCACCUCAGUUCCUUCAUGCGAGUUGUCGGAAGGCUCAGGUGAACUAUUUUCUGGUGUGGUUGUGCUGCCAUCUCAACGGAUACACCCUUCCAUGUAUCCUGUGCCGUUUUAGUCCAUUGCCAGUCAUAAGGCCUUUGUGUGGAAGGCAUUGUGCUAGGCUCUGGGAAUCCAAAGAGAAGACAUGGCAGAGUCUCUUGCUAAGGACUCAGCUUAAAUAACCCCGAGGAGGGAAAGAGUAUUAACAAGACUAGGGAAAGCUUUGUGGAGAAAGUGGCAUGUAAGUGUAACCUUGAAUACAGAUAAAUACUCUGGAAUGGGACAGCUUGCAUAAAUAAUGGAGGCAGACUGUCUAAUUUAAGGACCAGGUGGUAGGCAAAUUUCAACGGAAUGAGGAAAAGUGUUAGAACAAUGUAAAAUAAGGCUAAGGAGGUAGGAGCCAGAUUGCAAAAGGCCAUUAAAUGUCAGAAUGAAAAGUUUACAUUUUAACACGGAAUAGGAAAUCGCUGAGGAUUUUUAAGCAGGGGAGGGAGUAGCAAGCCUGUGUUCUAGGGAGAUUUGGGCAGCUGGGUGGGAAAGCAGAGAGGAAAGUGGGGAAACCAGUUAGAACCAGGCAAACAUUUUGAGGGUUUGAAUGAUGAUGGUGGUCAGGGAUGUGGUGGCAGGAUCUGUAGGACCUGGCAAUGACUGGAUAUAAGGAGUGAGAAAGAGUAAAGGUCAUGAAGCUGGCUUACUGGAAAGAUAAUGGUGGCUUCAGUGGAAAUUGGAAAGCUUGCUGGUGGGGUGGGUUUAGAAGGAAAGAUUUUGAACAUGUUAAGCUUGGCAUGGUGACAGAGUAUCUUUAAUGUAGACCAGGAGAGAAGUUGGGGCUGCAUGUGGGAGUCAUUUGCAUAGAGAUCAUGAUUGACCCCACAGGAGUCAAGAUGAUCACUAAAGAAGAGGGCCCACGACAGAACCUUGAAAUAGAACAGCACUCAGAAGGGAGGAGAAGGUUGAUGAGCCAGAAAGUGAGACUUAGGUAGGAGGAAAACGUGGACAGUAAUGUCAUAGAAGAAGGCAAUGGGACAGAGAAUCCAGGGAAAGGGUGAUAGUCCUAGCAAAAGUUUCACAAAGGUGAAGGAGGAUGAGGAUUGAGAAAAGGUAUCUGGAAUUAGCAACUGAGAGAUCAUUGGUGGGAACAUCCUGGGAACAAUACAGAGUUGGUGUCAGAGUAAUGAAGAUCUGGGUUCAGGCCCUGCCUCUUCCACGUAACUGGAUUGUGACCCUGGAAAAGCCCUUUAACCUCUCUCAGGACCCCUAGAUAACUGUAAGAUGAGAGCCAAGAUGAUUAACAGUGAAAUAGGUCAUGAAGGAGGGAUUGGUUUGAGGUGCUGAGACAUUAACAAAGGAAACGUGCACUUUGUUUAUGUAACCUAUGGCUCCAUUUUCGCACAGACCAGAUCCAACCUUAGUGGGCUGGGGGCUGACAUCUUAAAAGGUUAUAU